ACUCUGCUCCUGAUCAUCAGUGAGGACAAGUCUGAGGAGGGCUGGGAACACCUCAUGGGAGCAGAAGGAACAGAUCUCUCUCUCUCUCUUCAUGUUUCAGGAAACAAACAGAUUUAAAGAGCUGCAGAUUCAUGAAUAAGAACCAGUGCUGACUCUGGUUUCUGGAGUAUUUGGAGUGACUCACAUUUUCCAAGGAGGCGAGACGGAAAGGGAAAGAAUCUAAGGAAUAUUUAAAGGUCUCUGGAGAGCAGACUCUGUUUCGGAUGAAAAAGACUCAGAGGAAUGUUUCACCAGAAAUCCAGACUUCACAAAUCCUCUCUCGGACAUGAGGGGAAAGUUAGCGACACAUGCUCACUUCAGGUAUGAUAAUGUGUAUCAUCAGUCUCUGUCAGACGCAGACACACUCACAUAUGAGCCGAGACGUGGAGACGAGGACACGGAUGGACUGUCACACAUGGUUAUCAACGUACACACACGCAGGAACGACAUCAGUGCAGGUAUGUAGAGAGAGAGAGAGACUUCCGAGACUCUGAGUGAUCCGAGUCCAGCUCAGCAAAGUUUCAGACUUCUAUGGAGGAAAAUGCAAAGACUUCUUUCUUCUUAUUAUUCGUUGUUUCCUUUUUGCUUCUUUAAGGACUAAAGUUACAAAGACUGAGAGGCUGUGGUUCUGAUUUGUAGGAUUCAAGGCUUCUCAUGGAUCAUACAUUUUUAUCACGCUCUGAGAAGAUCUUGAGGAUGAAGCCCCUGUAUCUGUUCCCCUCCGGCUUCAGACGGAUUCUCUGAUCAGAAGAUGAGAGGUUGUUUCUGAAGAAUGACUGAAGACAUGUGAGAGGAAACUUCCGACCUUUCAUUUGGGAGACUCUUUUUCUUGUGUUUGCAGACAGGGAUGCACGUGUUUUAUUUCCCUCCGAUCAGCAGAGUCCUUUUGGGUGAACAGCUGCUCUUUUUGUUGUGCUGAAAUCUGCAGAAAGCUAUUUUCGUGUCUCCAUGUGGACGCCAUCAUCUGUUGAGUAUUCUCAGAUGACAAAGAAUGCAGAGUUUCCUCUGAUGUGUUGGAGUAAGAGCGGCUCAUUGAUCCGAGCUCUUUACCUGAUAGAUGGUGUUUUACCUUGGUUCUCUCUUCAGGGGUAAGGAUGAGUAGAGUUUCCUCUCUUUCGCUCCACUCUGACCCAUUUCCGAGGCUGCAGUCCUGAGGUGUGACUGUGAGUGUGUGACUGCAUUGACACCAUGAACCUUCGUGGUUCCAACGUGUCUGAGUUGAUCUCUAACACCGUCAGAGCCAUCACCGCUCUGGAGUCCAACACCCGGCCCCCACGUGUACCCGGCGAGAACACCCUCCGGAUCAAUAACUCGGAGUGUCGAGGAAUCGAUGUGCUGAUGGGAAACUGGUCUCACCAUGCCAUGGGAGGGAUUUACGGCGUGUCUCAGUGUCCCCCCGGCCAGCAGGUGGCAGCACAGAAGAACUGGGCAGCGCUGCUGAUACUGGGCGUCAUCGCCGUCACGGUGAUGGGGAACAUCCUGGUCAUCCUUGCCGUGUCUCUGGAGAAGAAGCUGCAGAACGCCACAAACUACUUCCUCAUGUCGCUGGCAGUGGCUGACAUGCUCCUCGGCAUCCUGGUUAUGCCGGUGUCCAUGGUGACCAUCCUCUACGAUUACGGCUGGCCGCUGCCCUCUGAGCUCUGUCCCAUCUGGAUCUACCUGGACGUCCUGUUCUCCACAGCGUCCAUCAUGCACCUGUGCGCUAUCUCUCUGGACCGAUACAUCGGCAUCAGGAACCCCAUCCACCACAGCCGCUUCAACUCCCACACCAAGGCACGACUCAAGAUCAUGGCAGUGUGGACCAUCUCCGUGGGGAUUUCAAUGCCCAUCCCCGUGCUGGGCCUCAGAGAUCACUCCAAGGUGUUCAAAGAUGGCAGCUGCCUGCUGACGGAUAACAACUUUGUGCUGGUGGGCUCCUUCGUAGCCUUCUUCGUGCCACUCACCAUCAUGGUCGUCACCUAUUUCCUGACCAUCAACGCGCUGCAGAACGAGGCCACCCUGUGUCUGGACCAGCUGGUCCCCCGGCCUAAAUGGAGCACCACAUUCACGCUGAGCUUCUUACCGCAGACCUCACUGUCCUCUGAGAAACUCUUCAGACGCUCCAUAAGCCGCGAGGCCGGAGGGAGGGGGAGCAGCGGCAGGCUCAGCGGCCCCAGAGAGAGUGUCAGCGGCUCUCUGUUUGGACGCCGCACCAUGCAGUCCAUCAGCAACGAGCAGAAGGCGUCCAAAGUCCUCGGGGUGGUGUUUUUCCUCUUCGUGGUCAUGUGGUGUCCGUUCUUCAUCACCAAUGUGCUCGUGGUGGUGUGUGACCCUGCUGUGUGCGACGCAGGGCUCAUGGGAGGCCUGCUGAAUGUGUUUGUCUGGGUGGGGUAUAUGUCCUCAGCAGUCAACCCGCUGGUCUACACACUCUUUAAUAAAACGUACAGAGCGGCAUUCCUCAGAUACGUCCGCUGUCAGUACUCGCCAGAGAAGAAACCUCUGCAACUCAUCCUGGUGAACACCAUCCCGCCGCUCGCCUACAGCUCCACGCAGCUGCAACUCAGCGGCAACGGGAGGAUACGGAACGGAGUGAAGGACUUCUCUUUACCGGGACAGGACUCAGAGAAACACAAGCUAGACAAGAGUCACGGAGAGAGGGACGAGAGCUGUGUUUGAGCGUCUGGAGUAAAUUCAUGGUGCAUUCAGGAAGAGAUUAACCCUUCGUGGUAACGUUACAUCAAGGAGGGAGGAGGAAGGUCAAAGUGCCAAAGACGAAGUGCCUCACAGUCAGGGUGUUAGAGACACUGAGGUCAGGAGGGAGAAAAUUAAAACAUUCAUGAUGCAGUACUUUUUAACGGAUUAGUUUAAGACAGUCAACAGAUCAGAUUAGCCAAGUUUACUUCAAUGAAACCUCUAGAAUGAUGUUUCUCUCGUCUGCUGAAGUUUCUGGUCUCUUUGUCAGCGAGACGAAGCAUCUAUUUUCAUUUUUAGGUGAGUAAGUCGAAUGAGACAGGUAGAGGUAGGACGGUCCGUGCAGACGAUGUGAGACACUUAGAGCACAUGACCCCUUCUAUAAGAAACCCAGACGUAUGUAGACUCUGGCUGCUAGGCUGUGACCUCAGCUCACCUCCCCUCGUCGGUCAGGUGUCCUCUGUCUCACGUCACACCUUGCAGAUGGAUCAGGAGGGAUUAGACUGGACACCUUACCAGCUGCUGGUGUGUGAGAAGGAGAUCCAGGAUGAGCCGGACUCUGCAGGACUCCGGAUCAACCAGCCGCAAUGAGGAGAGGAGACGCCUGCCUCUUCUGUGAAUUCUGCUGAAGAUGAACAGUGAAUAUACUUUUCAUGUUUGUGAUAAUAACGUUUCAGAGACGACAUAAAUAAAUCUAUAUUUGUAUUUGGUGCAGAUUAAUGUGAACACACAUACAUGAUUGUUAAAAAGAUUUAUUCAGGAUUCUGAUCUGAUGCAGUAUGCAGACUGGAGCAAGAUUAAUGAAGAGGUUUGUUUCUCACCUUUAUUGUGUUCUUUGAGACCAUCAGUGCACAAACUGGGAUUGUGUUUAAGAGCCAUCAGGGUGUUUCUCCUUCAGUUUUUACAUGAGGUCCGUUAGUUGGAUUCCACAUGUUUGUAUGUUAUUUUAAAAUGUGCUGAAAUGGAUUUACUGUCUCAGAAUAAAGAAAGAUUCGGAUAAAUGUGUGAUCAGGAUGCAUUAAAACCAGAAGAGCAGAUUUGGACUUGCUCUCUUCAGAUUGGAGGCUCAUUAUAAACUUGAGAAUGUUUUUAGGAAAGCAAAUCUCUGCAAAAACGUCUCUGAGUUUUCCAAAAAGCAAAGAUGUCCGUGUGUGAGGAUUCCUGUCUGAAAUGCUGAUGGACAAAGACAUAACUUUGACCUCACAGAACCUGGGAUUUGUUGGUCUACCUCUUCCUCAGUCCGAUUUUGUGUUAUUGGAUAAGUUUGGUGUUUUAAACAGAUUAGAUCUAAUGAUGAAUCUUCACAACACAGAAACUGAUCGUCCAGCCCACAGCUUUAGUUACACAUCAGUCACAUUUCAUCUGCCCAACAAGGCGGUCCCUUCCUUUGGGGGAAGGGGCGCGAGUGAAUUACAUAUACAAUUAAUUUAAAGAUGCGAGUUCUUGCAAAUUAUUUGAGCCAGUGGAGAAGCAAAUUUGCUUAUUUGCGAGAGUUGAAAAAUCUGAAUGUGAUAGCCAAUCAGCAUGCAGAUCCUCCAGUGACAUAUGUUGUGAUGUACGGACCGGUGGACCUCCUCCUUCUUUCUGAUAAGAAGCCGUAAGUAACUUAGUAUACUGGAGGGAGGGGGGGGGGGGGGGGGGUUGUGUUGAGCUCCCUGGAAGUUGUAGCAUGCUGCACAGCUAAUCCAGCAUACUGUUUUUACAUUUGUUAAUAAAGGGUUAAAUCGAUGGAACAAGUUGAGGAAGGGGUAGAUCAAGCGGUAACCUCCGGCAAGCUGAGAAAUUAAGCCGAGGCGAGGCGAGGUGCUAAAAACUGCAGUUCCUCCAGUGUCCACUUGUGGCUGGAUCCGGAAACACCGGAAACCACAUACACACCCAUUCAAAGAAACAAUCUUUACAGCAGAAAUAAACAGAUGUUUAAGGUUCUGGUUCUGUAUCAUGAAAACAUGGCAAAUUUCUGCUGAUGUGACUUCAGAUCCACAAAGUAAACCUGGUGUGUUUUUUUAAUCCUGGUGUCUAUUUUGGAAAUUUGAUGUUUUCUGGUGAAAGUCACGUUUCUUUUGUAUGUCGACUGUGUGAAACAGUUCAUUGGUUUCAUCGUUUUUGAAUAAAAGUCAAAAGGAGA